AUGAAUUCGGACGGCCGUCUUCGGGAGUCCCCCGUGGCCACUUCACGGGCGUUCGUACUGCUUUUUGACCCAGAGCUACGUACUUGGGUUCCUAGUGGCGGCACCCGGGCAAUUGCAUGGAUCCAAAUACUACAGCAAAAUGGAACAGAGGCUUAUCGCAUCGUCGGAUGGCGUCAACCAGAUAAUCAGGUCCACGUUGGGCGCAUUAACCAAACCUACUUGCCCGCACAACAUUCAGGUUCUGUUGCACGACGUCUGUCAGAAGAUCGUAGCUAUCCGCAUCCUGGUGCUCAUCCUGAAUCUCUCCGUCCGAACGAAGCGCAUGACCCUACCGUGGCGGAUUCAACAACACUGGCAUUCACCCGGGCGGAACUGGACCUGCUGAGGCGCGAGAUUAUCGCAGAGCUUCGUCGUGAGGUGUUACUGGCGAAGCACGAAAUUUUAGACAGUAUUCGCCUCCAAAAGUUAUGACUUCUACUCUUCAAACAUCGAGGAUUCCUCAGGACGCUCACAUCACAGACCCGCCGCUGCCGCCGCCACCACCACAACCAUCCAGCAGAAUCUGCGACUGUUGACUUUGCGUUGACUUCAGUUCAUUCCGUUGGUUUCCCAACGACGAUCUCACCACCCUUCCCUCACUUUGGCGCAUUUGCUGUUCGUGUCUACAUACGAUGUUUAUCGUCCGGUCUUACCACCAAGGUUUCCGUUAGCCCUCUAUAUUUAUCCGUUCGAUACCAAGGUGUCUAUCUGUUCGAUAUCACCCGCCUCCGGCCCAGUGCAUUCAGUCCUUUCAGGUCCGCUUGUUGUGUAUGUCUUCCAGUGACCAUGUCUAGAUGUGUUCUCUUUCACCCGCCUGACUGUCAUCCAGUGCUUAGGAAAACUUGUAGUUUUGUUCUUUUAUUGAUUUUUCAAUUUCUUUUUUGUUUUUCUCCGAUGUUGAGUCGCCCACUUCUCAUUCGCACCCGUCUCAUUCCAAGUCCGCUUGGACUCCGAGUCCUCACUCCACCCGUCACCUAUGUCUCACAUGGUCUCCACUCAUUUCUGUCUGUUAGCUGUCUUAUAAUGCAUAUAUGAUGAUGAUGUGAAAUGGGACGUC